UCGUAAGUGACUGACUGAUAAGAAACAAAAAAGAGACUAGAGAGAGAGAGAAAAGGAAGAGCAAGAAUGGGAAGGAUAUUCACGGUGGAGCUUGAGGGAAGAUCUUACAGAUGCAGGUUUUGCCGAACCCAUCUCGCUCUUCCCGAUGAUCUUAUCUCCAAGUCUUUCCAUUGCCGCAGAGGAAAGGCUUACCUCUUCAAUCGUUCAGUGAACAUAAGUAUGGGUCCUUUAGAGGAAAGAAUGAUGCUUUCUGGUAUGCACACUGUUGCUGAUAUUUUCUGCUGCUGUUGCGGACAGAAUGUUGGUUGGAAAUAUGAAUCAGCGCAUGAGAAAGCUCAGAAGUACAAAGAAGGCAAAUUUGUUCUUGAAAGGGGAAGGAUCGUGGAUGAAAUGGAUUUAUCAACAGAGGUUUACAUCGAUACUCGAAGCGACACAGAAGAUUCUUGAAAUGUUAGCUUUAGAUUCUUACGCUUCUUGUGUCCGUGUGUGGGGGAUAAUGUUCGUCAAGAUCAGAGCUUGCUAGUGUAAAAUAUGUAAAAUGAGGUUUAUAAAGGGAUGUGUAUGGUGAAUGAAGUUGUUGUGUUGUUUAUUGUCUCAGAGACCCUCAAAGACUUUCUUGA